AUGGCUCGCGGCCUCCAGAAGAUCGAAUCCCAGCAAGCAGCAGCAGCCAGAGCCAAGAAAGGCGGGAAUUCAAUCCUCAAGAAGGAUAAGGGGAUGAAGUACCAAUGCUCCAAACAUCCCAAGCUGGAUACCCCGACUGACGCCUUCGCGAGCAUGGCCAAGGCCGCACCCGCACCGGCAGAAGCGAGCAAGAAGUGA